AUGGCACAACAAACUUCUUCGUUUUCCAACAUACCCAACAAUACCCAUAAGAAGUGGUACAAGGACCCUUGUCUCAAAAGGAACAUCGCAGAAUGGUGCGGAGUCCUUCUAACCGUCGACCAGCAUGGCUUGCUUGCUAACGCAGCCUCAUCAGUUUGGGAUUGUGUCUCGUCAUAUUCUAUCUUGGUUGUGAAUGAUGCGAGCCUCCUCAACGGGUUGCAAGCUGUUGCCUCAUGGGGCGAGUUCCUGGACGAUCCGAAAGGCCCCAUCCUAGGGCUCUACACUGCAACCCUGUAUCUCCCAUCAAUAGUCACUGCUUAUCUGGGUGAUUUUGUGUCUCAACGCUUUGGGCGAAGACUUGCCCUGACCUUGGGGACUUUGCUUGUCCUGGCUGGUAGUCUCAUUAAUGCUCUUGCUGUAAAAUCUGAGAUGUGGGUUGCUGAAUCUCCCAGAUGGCUAGUCGACAAGAACAGACUAGCUGAGGCUUUAGCUGUACUGAGCAAGCACCACGCUAACAAUGUCGUUGAUGACCCUCUCGUCCAAUGGGAGUUGGCCGAGAUCCAAGCUGCAAUCGAGGAGGAACGUGCCAUCCAUCAAGUAUCUUAUCUUACGCCCGUGCUUCGCUCCAUUGGCAUCACUUCGCCGUUACGGAUCACGCUCCUAACGUCCGGUCUUGCUAUCUGGAACCUCAUACUGGCAUUUGGUGCAGCGCUCAACGUCGAGCGCUUUGGCCGUCGUCCUCUUUUCCUACUAUCUAUUUUGGGCAUGCUCAUAUCGUACUGCUUGGUUAUGGGCUUCUCAGCUGGUUUCGACUCAACCAAGAAAUCCGGACUGGGCAUUGCCGUUAUCCCAGCCUUGUUCCUAUACUACGGCUUUUACGACAUCGCUUGGACACCGCUGCCGGUCCCGUAUACAGCCGAAAUUCUGCCUUUCAAGCUACGCACCAAAGGGCUCGCUAUCUUCACUUCCGUUGGUACCAUGGCGAACGCUUUUAAUCAGUUUGUGAACCCCAUUGCUCUGCAAGCAAUCACAUGGAAAUAUUAUGCUGUUUAUAUUACGAUUCUGUUAUUCUACCUGGUUUUCGCCUACUUCAUGUAUCCGGAAACCAGAAACUAUACAAUCGAAGAAGUCUCGAUGCUUUUUGACGGUCCGGAUGUUCACGCCGAGAGACUCAACGAGCUUGCGAUCCUACAGGCCGAGAAGAGCAAAACUGGGACGUUUGAGCACCGCGAGUAG